UCGGCUUUUGGGCACUAGAGUCGUCUAUCUAUCUUUAUGGCGGCAACAAACAAAUCUGUGAUUUCACUUCUUGCCACUGUGGGUAUUAUAUAUAGCUUCGUGGGGUAUUCAGGUUCUCCGGUAAUCAAGCACGGGCGAUUGAAAUUCAUGUUUUUCUAUUUUACAGCUAAUACAAAACACCACGGCAAUUCGUCAUUUAAACGUCCGAUAAGUAGUCAAAUCGAACUAUAGGUAGAGCGGAACCUAUGUUCAUUCAGCGUACGACGCUAGUCGAAUCUAUUUCUCUGACGCACCAUCUCAUUUUCCGGCGUUAAGAAAAUGGCUGUGACACUGCACACAGACCUUGGGGAUUUAAAAAUCGAGCUGUUCUGUGAACGUGCCCCGAAAUCAUGUGAGAAUUUCCUAGCCCUGUGUGCCGGUGGGUUUUACAAUGGCUGCAUAUUCCACCGGAACAUCAAAGGGUUCAUGGUUCAGACUGGCGACCCCACAGGCACUGGAAAAGGAGGGACGAGUAUUUGGGGGCGGAAAUUUGAAGAUGAGUUGAGUGAACACCUAAAACAUAAUGUGCGAGGCGUGGUUUCUAUGGCGAACAACGGCCCCAACACCAAUGCCUCCCAGUUCUUCUUCACCUAUGCCAAGCAGCCCCAUCUGGACAUGAAGUACACAGUGUUUGGAAAAAUAAUAGAUGGCUUGGAAACACUGGAUGAACUGGAGAAGCUCCCUGUCAAUGAAAAGUCAUUUCGGCCGCUGACUGAGACUCGUAUAAAGGACGUGACACUUCAUGCCAACCCAUUUGCAGGAUAGAAUGUCUUAAGCACACACGCAUGAACGCACACCCCCAGACCUGACGUGUGCCAAUUUAGGUGAAAUCUUAAUGUAAGCCUUCCUAAAACGUUUAGACCAUAAAUAAACCACAGAAAGAGGCAUUUGAUUCAGUAAGGCAACUAAAGAGACUGUUAAUGGAUUGUAAAACACAUUUCCCUUCUCACUGAAAUUGACAUGUAAUACGUCCUCAAUGCUCUGCCCUUGCAGCUGUGUGAGCCCAACAUGUUGGUUUCAUAAGUAACUUUGUGUUUAAUAUUUUGUACCAAAUAAAAUGUUUUUUUAUA